GGGCCGGGGGCUGCGGGACCUCGUGGGGGUGCCCGGAGCCUGCAGGGGCUGUGGGGAACUCGCGUGGGGAGCCGGCGCCCGAGGCUCUCAGGUGAUCGUGUGGGGAGCAGCUGUGCAUGGGCCCAUUUUUUGCUAAUUCAACAUUCCAGUCCAAAAUAACAGAAGAAGCUGAUAUAGUUGUUGGAAUAUGUUAUAUGGUAUUUGGAAUUUGCUCCUUGUGUGGGAACACUAUUCUCCUAUAUGUCUCCUACAAGAAAAAGAAUUUGCUGAAACCAGCAGAAUACUUCAUUAUUAACCUUUCCAUCAGUGACCUUGGUAUGACUCUGACAUUGUACCCUCUAGCUGUAACCUCCAGCCUUUCACACAGGUGGUUGUAUGGGAAACACAUUUGCUUGUUCUACGCAUUUUGUGGGGUGCUGUUUGGCAUUUGCAGUCUCUCAACACUGACUCUACUGAGCACUGUGUGCUGCCUCAAAAUUUGUUUUCCAGCUUAUGGCAACAGGUUCAGGAGAGAACAUGGACAAAUCUUGAUAGCCUGUGCUUGGACCUAUGCAGCAAUUUUUGCCUGUUCACCCCUUGCUCACUGGGGAGAAUACGGAGAAGAGCCAUAUGGCACAGCUUGCUGCAUUGACUGGCAUUCCACCAACAUAGAUGUCAUGUCCAUGUCUUACACUGUCGUUCUCUUUGUUUUCUGUUUUAUUCUCCCUUGUGGAGUAAUCAUCACUUCCUACUCACUCAUUCUGAUAACAGUGAAAGGAUCCAGGAGAGCAGUGGAGCAGCAUGUCUCUGGCCCCACCAGGAUGAACAAUGUGCAAACCAUUACUGCCAAGCUGAGUAUUGCUGUGUGCACUGGGUUUUUUGCUGCCUGGAGCCCUUAUGCCAUCAUUGCCAUGUGGGCAGCAUUUGGAUCAAUAGAUAAGAUUCCUCCAUUAGCCUUUGCUGUUCCAGCUGUUUUUGCAAAAUCCUCCACACUCUACAAUCCAGUUAUCUAUCUUCUUCUGAAGCCCAAUUUCCGAAGUACCAUUGCCAAAGAUUUCACAGUUCUUCAGCAGUUAUGCAUCAGGAGUUGUUUUUGUGUCAAGAUGCUGCAGACAUACAGAUCGACUUUGAACAUUGGCUUGAGAACAUUUAAGGGCAGAAGUGAAUCUAGCUGUAAUACUCUUCCAAUUGUGGAAGGAUGUUCUUAUUUCCCCUCUGAAAAGCAUGGUGAUACUUUUGAAUACUUUAAAAGCUGUCCAAAAUUCUGCCAGGAGAAGCUAAGUGCUAUGGGAAGCCCUUCUCAAGAAAGCGCAGCCUUGGAGAACAACCUCCUUGUAAAAAUGAGGCAGGGCAGUAAGAAGUCGGUAAAGGUGGUUGUGCAGGGAGAAAAAAGCACUGAACUUGAAAACUUAGAAAUCACCUUAGAAGCAGUACCUGUGCAUUGUGCAUUUACAGACCUCUAGAGCUGCUUAUAUGAAGGAAUCAAAGAACAAUGUUGUUAUACUGGAUUUAUGAAUGUAACUUCUUCUUAAGAGCCCUUCUAUUAUCCCAGUUUAUACACUAUUUUCCUGUUCUUUCUCAUGUACACUUUGAUGGGGCACAUGCUACAGCAUGGACAUACUAUAAAUGAUAUAUGACUCUCUCCAUGUUGACUUAAGGAUAUUGUGAUAA